AUGGAAUCUAUUUCGAGCCAGCUCUCGGCUGGAAGAGAUUCCACCUGUUCACCCAAUUCCAAGCAGGACCUGCAGUCCUACACUGGCACCACGCUCAAACCCAACCAAGUCAGCGAGUCUUCUCUGUACGGAAUACCCAUAGUUUCGUUGGUCAUCGAUGGCCAGGAGCGACUGUGUCUGGCUCAGAUUUCCAACACACUCCUAAAGAACUAUAGUUACAACGAAAUCCACAACCGACGGGUGGCACUGGGCAUCACGUGUGUGCAGUGCACGCCGGUGCAGCUGGAGAUCCUGAGGCGCGCCGGUGCCAUGCCCAUCUCGUCCCGUCGGUGCGGCAUGAUCACCAAGCGCGAAGCUGAGCGCCUCUGCAAGUCUUUUUUGGGCGAGCACAACCCUCCCAAACUGCCCGAAAAUUUCGCGUUUGACGUUUCACACGAGUGCGCAUGGGGCAGCCGGGGCAACUUCAUCCCAGCCAGGUAUAACAGCUCAAGAGCGAAGUGUAUCAAGUGCUCCUUCUGUAAUAUGUACUUCUCACCAAACAAGUUCAUCUUCCAUUCUCACCGCACACCUGAGUCCAAAUACACGCAGCCGGAUGCGGCCAACUUUAACUCGUGGAGAAGGCACCUCAAACUGUCUGAUAAAAACUCAUCAGACGACGUGAUCCACGCGUGGGAGGACGUCAAAGCCAUGUUUAACGGGGGCAGCCGAAAAAGAACUCUGCCCGGCAGUGGGUCUGAAAGCUCAUCACCGUUGAAAUCAUCAGGUCCUGUCAGCCGAGCCCAGGGUAACAUGUCUGAGGUGCCACAGAAAACCCUUCGGUGUAAUGACGACAGACCCGGUGUGCCCAUGCCCACUGGCAUUCGCAGCUACCCCGUAAUCCCUGUACCUAGCAAAAGUUUUGGCAUGCUCCAAAAGAUACCUCCGCCUCUUUUCCCUCAUCCGUAUGGCUUUCAGGCUUUUGGACUGUGUCAGAAGAAAGACGACAGUGUUGUUGGAGAUCAGACCAAACCGAGCCUGCCUGGUGUGUUCUGGCCAGGCGCAAAGGACAGCGCAUACCCGUCAUUCCCAAUGUUUUGGCCUACAGCAGGUGGUCUCCCCAUGCCUCCGUACCAUCACGCACCCCCUAAACCUCCUUCUGAAGUCAUUUGCGCCCGGCAGCACGAGUUUGACACAUCUGAGACAACCGAGAGGACCUCAAACACACCAAAGGACAGCGUAAUCGAGACCGAUCGCUGCUCGAGCACCCAGUCCAGCCGUAACGACGAGGACAAAUCCGGGGACGAGACCAGGCAGGUGGAAAGCUUGCCCAGAAAACCCUAUGUAUCAGCCUUCAGACCUGUAGUCAAAGACAGUGAAAGUAUAGCAAAGCUGUAUGGCAACAGAGGUCCGUUUCCGGGAGCAAGACCUGGGUACUUGUCCCCGGACUUUCUGAGCGAGAGCUCCAGUUACAGAUCGGCAUCUCCAGAUGUGGAUGACAGCGCAGAGGAUCCAGAUGUCGACGUCGAAUCUCACAAAGCGCAUGAAGAUGAAGAAUGCCUGCAGCUCUCAGUGGACGACCAUCACCACAGUCCAUCAGGGUUGACGGCGAAGGGUCAAGCAGAGAACAACAGCAGAACUAUAAACGAUCCGCAUAUAACGCACACGAGUGAUGGGGAGAAGCAGAAACCAUUAAUAGAGAGCAGCAAACCCACAGCACGAUUUGAAGUGUAUGUACAUGAAAGGGACGAAUCUGGAUAUCAGAUGAACGCGCCGUGUUUCAGCACCACAGCUUCUUACCAGCGCGAUCCUCGUGACUGCAGCGCUACUGUUAAAGACGCUCACGAGGAAGAACCCUCGUCCACAGUGGAGGAAAUAACGCCGAAACCCCUGCACGAGCACGAGCACGCGCGCCUGUCUGACGGUGGCACGAGAGAACCUAGUGAAGAUAUAGAAGCAAUGCGGAGUAAAACAGGCCGAGCGUCACUAAUAGGAAAAAACAUCGAAAACAUGGCAAAAGAAGAGCUCCAGAAACAGCUUGUGGAACAAAUGGAGCUGAGAAAAAAGUUAGAAAGAGAAUUCCAAAGUCUAAAAGACAAUUUUCAAGACCAAAUGAAAAGGGAACUUUCAUAUCGAGAGGAAAUGGUCCAGCAACUGCAGAUUGUUCGAGAAGCUCACGACGCACUGCAUCAUUUCUCAUGUAAGAUGCUGACCCCUCGCCAUUGCUCCGGAACGUGUACCUUCAAGCCUCCGCUACUACCACCCUGA